AUGGUAGUUGAGAUGGAAGACGUGGAGAAGGCGCGAACCAGGAAAAGGCCUCGUCUUGGGUGGGACGUGGCACCAUCUGGGCCAGAGGCGCUUCAAACUCCGGCAAAGACUCGGCUUUUGUCGCCGCCCAAGAAGGAUGAUGAUCAUGAAGGCCAUUAUUGUUUCAAUCUCGGCGAAAAUCUCACUCCAAGAUAUAAAAUACUUAGCAAGAUGGGUGAAGGCACAUUUGGACUAGUUUUAGAAUGUUGGGAUCGUGAAACACGGGAUUAUGUUGCUAUUAAGAUAGUUAGAAGCAUUCAUAAAUACCGUGAUGCAGCUAUGAUUGAAAUUGAUAUACUUCAGCAUCUGGCAAAGAAUGAAAAAUGCACCUCAGGCUGUGUGAAGAUUCGAAAUUCGUUUGAUUACCGCAAUCACAUUUGUAUUGCAAAUGAGUUGAAAUCCCAAUAG